AAGUGGUUUAAGCGUGUACACAUUGAUAUAAAAUGGCGUUUUGGAUAAUAUGUGGAUGCAUUAUAGUUAUUUUACUUGUUUUUGAAUGGGUUAUUAGACAGGUAAAGAUUGGAAACUAUCAAGCACGAUAUGUUUUAAUCACUGGUUGUGACUCGGGAUUUGGCAACGAAUUAGCAAAACAGCUGGAAACAUUAGGAUUUAAUGUGUUUGCUUGUUGUCUCACAAAAUCUGCUGUUGAAAAAUUUGAUGAAACAGGCUCUUCAAAACUGAAAGCGAUAGAGAUCGACGUCACUAAAGAUGCUAGUAUUGAGAAGGCAAUGGAAAUAGUAAAAAGGGCAUUACCACAAGGGAAAGGUUUGUGGGCAGUUGUAAAUAAUGCUGGUAUAUCUGGUGGAAUUGGAUCGAUCAACCUGCAUUCAAGAAAAGACUAUGAUGACACAUUAGCUGUGAAUUUGUUUGGAGUUAUAAUGGUAACUAAAGCAUUUCUCCAAUUAGUUAUCAUGGAAAAGGGACGUUUUGUUAAUACAUCAAGUGUUAUGGGAAGAGUCGCCGCCUUAUGUUCGUCAUAUAGCAUUUCAAAAUAUGGUGUGGAGGCAUUUUCAGAUGUUCUCAGGAGGGAAAUGUAUAGAAAGGGUGUAAAAGUACAAAUCAUAGAGCCAGGAGGUUUCAAAACUGCAAUUUGGGGCAGAGGAAAUCUCCGUCGCUUGGCAGAAGAAAAAGUGGCGAGUUUGUCAGCUGAGGUCAGAGUACAACUUCCAAACGACGCUGUUGAAAAACUUGACGGGGUUCUUCGGCCGUUGAUGGAAUCUGCAUCGCCAAAUAUUCAACCUGUUAUAAACGCAUACAUACAUUCUGUAACGUCGAAAUUCCCUAAAAAGAGAUAUUUGGUAGGCACUGACACACUUUGGAUUCGGAUCAUGUGGAAUUUGCCUGAAUGUAUCGGCGACUUCGUUGCAGAUAGACUUGGUUUUAACUCAAUUUGAAACUUUAUGCGAUAAUCAUAUUUUUAUCUCUUGUCCACAUCUAAUUA